AUGUCUUUGGUCUCAGCAAAUCUUAUGAGAGGCAGUUUCAUUUUACGUUCAUCCAAGUCUAAGCCAUGGUCAACACGGUUCAUGACCGCGGCGAAGUCGGUUUCGUGUUCUUCUAAACCGGUUAGAGGGUUAACCAACUCUAGUACCGGAGUCUAUUUCGUUAGCCAAACCGGUCCACCGGAGAUUCAGUUUCCCGGUGGAUCUCCUUCGGAAGAAGAGUUACCUUCACGGCCAAGUAAAGGACCAGAGUUGGUACCAUCAGAAGUCCCGGAGCUUCCUAAUAUACCGGAGAUAAACCCGUCCGAAACUCCUCCUGAAGUUACGACCGUUCCAAGUGAUCCACCACCGCUUGGACCGCCGCAGACUCCUGGCCCUGAGUUUCCGGUUCCACCGUCUCCAUCUCCACCGAUGCCAGAUACUCCAAAUCCUCCGACGCCAGAAACACCACCGGAUGUGGUGCCUCCAAAUUGGGAACCGCCUCGCCCACCGGAGAUUCAACCGCCGGGAAUCGACCUGCCACCGCCUCUAGGACCAACCAUCGUGUUAAUGUAGCAUGACCACUCUUCUCUGUUUCUGUCUCAAUUAGUUUUUAAGUUUACAGUUUAUGUUAAACACAAUACACAAUAUGUUUUUUCAUUUAUAACACAAUAAGCAAAUAUUGUACAAAUCAAUGCGACUUGAUGACAAAAGUUGACAACAGAGACGCAAAGAACACACACAGAGAUGUUUACAUUGGUUUUA